AUGGCAGAUGAUCAUCCUCGGGAUACUGCUGCUGAUGCGACGGCCGCAGAGCUGUCGUCGGAACUGACGCGCAUCAUCGCAUGCCCGUACCCUCCCUCGCUCUCGCCCCUCUCCCGCCUUCUGGCUCGUGCCAGCAUACCGAUAAUCCGAGCAUGCAUCCACAACCGCCCGCCCUGCGCCGUGAGCAGCCUCGCCAGGAUUGUCCGCGACGCUCUGCCUCUGGCUGCUUACACGCUGCCUGUGCUGCAUCGUUUGUGCCAUGCACCCGACUUUCGAGACCAGUUGCUGAUCCGCUAUCCCGGCCUGCUCAACGGCCUGCUCGAAAGAGCAAACUCAUCCAAGCACGACUUCAAUGAUCUCGCCGACCUCUGUGUGCUUCUUCUGUCACGCCCGUUGCCAGACGCUGUUCCUUUGCCGGCUGCAGCUCAGACUUUUCUGCUCCAUGUCUUUGAAAAGGCUUCACAUAGCCCGAAUCCACACUCUCUCAAGUCGGUAUACUGCAUGCUGAACGGAGCAUGUGGACAGCUGCACCGUCUCCUUCCAAGUAGCGCCAGACGACGCUUCGACACCGAGCUAUGCCGCAUCCUGCAGAACAACGUCUCGGGCGAGUCGGCCAUGCUGCUGUUGUGGCUGUGCGGCAUAGUCAUGAUCGUCGAGCACCCAGAAGGCCUCCAGCGUAUCCACGCCUCCAAUGCCAGUGAACAGCCGGUAUCCACACAGACCCUGACCCGGCAGUGGCUAACCCCCUCGGGCCAGAAGUUGUUUGGCUCUACCAAAGACCUCUACAAGAAUAUGCAAAUGACAUGCCUGAAUGUCCUAUGGCUUCUAAAAGCCCAUGGCGACGAGGACGAUGCAGCCCACGGCUUACGGAUUGCCUCCCGAAUCAUGCAAUGCAUCGACAAUGACAUCCGCGACAGUUGGCUCAAGCACGAAAAAGGUGCAGCACUGUUUGAAAAAUGCCGCUCAAGAAUAGAAGAGGCUGAUGUUAGUCCAACGACCCAUCUGGAGGCCUUGUCUUUCUUUGGUCAGCUUUCGAGCUCGAGGACCUUACCGCAAAGUAUGGUGAAGCGAUAUUCAUCAUGCCUUUUUGGUGCUGUCUGCACAGCGGAGCCAGAUAGCAUCUCUGAACUACUUUCAGUGUCACUCCCAAGAUUUGCAGAACAUAUCCAAGAUAUUGAGGAACUGUUUGCCGGGGUCCUGGACGCGUGUGCUGAACAACCAAGCCCCAAGCACAUGUCCAACCUGAUCCGCUUUGCGGAUGAGCUCACCACUGCUACUCUAUCUUCUGAAACAUUACGAAGCACUGUACUGCAUGGACUCUCUUCAAAAACCAUACAAGAUAAAAUUUGGCACCUUGUGCGGCUCAACCCAAAAACUCAAGCCACCAGCUGCUACGCACACGUGGCUUCGCUCCACCGGCAACUCAUCGCUGCUACUAUUGCCUCUAUACUUACAAUUACGCUUGCUGCAGAACCGGGAGACCCGACAUUGCCUCACGCACUUACCGCUGCCCUUGUCAAGGCACAACGAGAUCUACCCCUCGUAGGGGGCGCCUGCCUCCAUCCAUCUGGUACCACAAAGGAUUCGUCAAUAUCGCUCUUCCAAGCUGCAAACACACAAAACACAGGUCAGCACUUGGAAGACUGGAGUGCACGUCUUGGUUCGGAGCUGGAGAGCCAGGGCAGGUACCAAAGAGAUGCCAUCCUGCGUUCUGUGACACAAAUUUGUAGUGACCUCGAAACGCGCUGUAACACAGUCGAAGAGCCCCUCCGGAGGGAGAAGGAGAGGUCUUCCGAGCUUGAAGAGAAAAUCUGCCAUCUCACUGAUGAUCUCGAGUCGAUGCGCAUACAAAACGAAGACUCUGUGGAACAGCUAGAAGGGCUAGAAAAGGAACUUGAGGACGCGAGAGAAGACAUGGACCGACUAAGACAAGAGAAGGAGCGAGUAUACUCUAGAGUUCAGGACUUGGAGAGUGUUCUCGAGGAGUCAAAUCUCGGCGCCAAUGAGGCGUUGAGUGCCGCUCGCGAGGCUUUCAGCGCAAAGGAACUGGUGCUUCAAUCGACCAUUCUCCAAUAUGAAGAAGACUGUCGCAACCGCGACUUGGAAAUACAGCAAUUGCAGGAUACUUUAAGCGAGCUGACGCAGUCCAAGGCCCAGUGGGAGAGGGACCAUAAAACACUCGCCAGGGAGCACGAGCUUCUUCAGCAUCGCUGCAAUGAUGCAGAAGAGAUGCUUGGACAGGAACGCGCACAUGUUUCCCAACAAAACGACGAUAUUGCACGUCUUGAGAUCCUGGUAUCAGAAUACCAGAAUCAAUUCGAGGAAAAAGAAGCACAACUAGCAGAACUUUUUGAAGAAUUAGAUGCAGCCCGAAGCGCGCAUGAUGAGCUGCAAGAAGCUUCAGACGCCAGAGUUCGAGACCUAGCGGCCCAGCAUGCCAGCGAUAUAGAGGCAGUCAAUGCGAGAGCCGAUCUGGAUUGCAAGACGCUUGAGGAUCAGCUACAGGAUGCUCUGCAGGACUACGAACGAGAAAGGGGCGAAAAUGAAAAGUCGCGCGGUAAAAUCGACCAUCUUCAGCAGGCCAUUCCACCGCUCGAGUCGCGGAUACAAGAGCUUGAAGACUUUUGCAAAGAGCAAGAAGAAGAACUCGAGGAGCGCCGAGCUAUCCACAGGAACGUAUUGGCGCAUUUUGGUGUUUCGUCUCAGCAACCACUGGCUGUUCGUUCUGCUUCUCGAUCCUACAAAGACAUUGCCGCGGAGCCCACCACACGCGAACCACGAACCCAGCGGCGGCGGAAAUCAGCCUUCAUUGCCCCGGAUACCACACCCCAAGCUACAGAAAGUGACUUGGCUGCACCAACCCCAGCUACAGAAAGCAAAUCCAACGCAUCCUCCGAGUCAUCCUCGUCGCAAACCAGAGCCCCAAUACCCAAACGCUCUAGACCACGUUCAGCUUUCAAGGUCCCCACUAUGCACACGCCAUACACGCAGAAACCCAAUCUCAUCUCUAGAUCUGCCUCGGGCAGGAUCUCACCAAGCAAGCGCUCAGCGUUGCGCCAGAUGUCGCCAAACCGCCGGCAUACCGUUGGCUUCUCGACAGCUGAACAAGAAAAAGAUGACUACACUACAGAAAGUGCACCUGCGGGGACACAGAGUGAGAGUCUCGCGGAUAUAGAUCAGACGGAUGAAUUCGAUACCGAUGAUGAACUCUUUUCGGGCACGCCACUUACACCGGGGUUUAUGACAGGGACCGGGAGGGUUCCGGACGAAGAUGAGACGACAGCAGUGACGUUAUAGAGGUCUGCUGGCGUAUAUUUCCGCCAGUCAAACUUCCGAUAUUCCACAGACACCCAUCACUGCCGCAUAGAUACAUAUGUAACAAUUGAUCGACACGAUUACCAACCGGUGUGAGGAAUGCAUGUACUCGCAUCUUGUGCCCAUUACAGCCGCAGAACCAGGCACUGUCGGUAGUUAGCCGCCGAAUAUGUGUAAAAUAGCAAUGGAUUUGCAAAUCAAACG